AUGUCGACCGUGACAACCACCCAACUCAGCCAUGAGUCAAUUGACUUGCGAGAUGUUCGCAACGAAUUUCCUCUCGAGACCGAGAGACAGAAUCAGAGUGAUGGCCCUACAGCGUCCAAAGCCCGCCAAGCAACGACAACUUUCCAGCUGUCAGGCCUCAACUUCUUGUCCUCGGCUGUGAACGGAAUUAUCCUAGUCAGUUUGCCUACACUUGUCGCCGAGCUCAAUCUGCCGGAGCAGCUGCACGUCUGGCCUAUAUCGGUCUACGGUCUUGCCGUGGGAUCGACAAUCCUCCCUGUCGGCUCUCUCGCCGACGCGGCCGGGAGUCGCAUCGUGGACCUCGUCGGCUGUUUCUCCAUGGCCCUUCUCUUGCUGGCCAGCGGCUUCGUCAAGUCAGGCGAGCAGCUCGUUGCGUAUCGUGCACUCCAAGGCGUCGCCAUGUCCAUGCACCUGGCAUCAUCCGUGAGCCUCGUGACGCAGUCCAUCCCGAAGGGCAGGGCCAGAAAUGUGGCGUUUUCAUGUCUUGGACUGAGCCAGCCUUUGGGAUUCUCGGUUGGUUUGGUGCUUGGUGGGGUGCUGGUAGAUACGGUGGGUUGGCGCGUGGGCUUCUACCUGACCGGGGGGCUGUCUUUGCUCCUGUCCUUCGUCGGACUGUGGGCGCUGCCAAAGUCAAGGGACAGGCGGACGGCAUCUGAAGUUGUCCACGAACUGAAGAGGAAAAUGGACUGGGUUGGCUCGCUUCUGGCAUCCGCGUUCAUGGUCUGUUUGUCGUACUUCUUGGCCCUUGUCGUCGGCAUAAUCCUCAACUUCACCACUGGCCUGUUUGUCCACAAGGUUUCUGCCCGAUGGUUGGUGGCCGGCUCGUCGAUAGUCUGCGCCGGCGGCCCGGUCCUGAUGGCGCUCGCCAAGCCGGAGUGGCCAUACUGGUACAGCGCCUUCUUCGCCCAGCUCCUGCAGCCGAUCAGCGGCGACAUUCUCUUCACCGUCGGCCUCAUUAUUGUGUCCGAGGCGUUCCCGGAAGAUACGCAGGCACUUGCAGGAGCAGUGUUCAAUGCAGCAUCCCAGUUCGGGACCUCCCUCGGCCUUGCCAUCAUGCAGGUCGUGGCGGGCGUGGUGACCAAUCAGGCGGCGGCGCGGGAGACGCCAAUCGAUGCUCUCCUCCUUGGCUACCGAGCCAGCUUCUGGGCAAUGACUGGUUUCAUGGUGCUCUGCUUCGCCCUUGGCCACGUCGGGCUGCACAAGACAGGGAAGGUGGGCAAUAAGAAGGAUGAUUAA